GGUUACAUUUGUAUAGAACAGAACGUAUCAAAAUGUUGAUCUUGCAUAUGUUAGGAUUUCUUUCAUACUUUUCAUUUUGUGUAACACAAGCACCUGUAUAUGUGAGCACAAAGGUUGGAAAUAUCAUGGGAUUUCAGGAGCAUAUUUCUCUUGACGGAGAACAGAAAAUGAUUUCUAAAUUUUUUGGUAUUCCAUUUGCCGAACCAACAGGAGGCGAAAACAGGUUUAAUAAACCUGUUCAGAAAGCUCCAUUUAAAGGAACAUUUGACGCACGUAAGGAACCAGCGGCCUGUUAUCAACAAUCUGCACAGGAUACUUCUUUACGGCGUAUUUUUGGCGUCUCUGAAUUUUCCGAGGAUUGUCUUACACUGAAUAUUUAUAUUCCGCAUGAGGUUCGAGCCAACAACUUACGACCAGUUAUGAUUUGGAUACAUGGUGGGGGAUUUACCCAAGGGACUGCAUUAAUGAACAAGCCCGAAGGGUUAGCCUUGUUUGGGAACGUAAUCGUGGUAACAAUUAACUAUCGUUUAGGCAUGUUUGGAUUUUUACGUGACAGAAACGGUGUCUUUCCUGGAAACCAAGGUCUCUGGGAUCAGCAUCUUGCUAUAAAGUGGGUUCAUGAUCAUAUUGAUAGUUUCUUUGGUUACAAGGAUGAAAUAACAAUAUUCGGCCAAUCAGCAGGAGGGGCUUCCGUUAUAUUUCAGGCUUUAUAUUCAGGAAACGCGGGACUAUUCAAAAGAGUAAUAGCAGAGAGUGGAUCUGCAGUUGCUCCUUGGGCCAUACAAAAAGUAACAACUUACGAUGAAUAUUUCAUUGAUCAAGGAUGUAGUACUACAUCGAUGACAUUCGCUUCUUGUCUGCAAUCAAAGACUCCAAUAUCAAUUCAAUCAAAUAUAACAAUGUUUGGCCCGGUUAUAGAUGGUGAUUUUGUAGUUGCGUCUCCCAUCGACAUUAUCAACGACAAUGCUACAAAUACAGCCAGAGCUAGAGACUUCUUUGCUUCUUUGGAUAUCAUUGUAGGCGCAAAUGACAAAGACGGUGCUGGAUUGUUCUUUUCUUAUGAACGCGCACUGAACCACACUAAUAUUGAUUUUAAUAUAUCUAAAGACGAAUUCAGAAAUACGCUUGUUCCAUUUAUUAUGAAUCAAAUUCUAUUCUACAAAGAAAAGGACACAAAAGACGCAUUAGAAAAGGCUUUGAUUUUUUUCUACACCGACUGGAAAAACCCAGAUAACGACGCGUUUAUAAGGAAUAAAGUUGCAGAUAUGACUAACGACGCUGCGUUUUUUUCACCGGCGUCUCAGACAGUAAAUGCACAUGCAAAAUUAAAUGUCGGAAAGACAUUCCUAUACGAGUUUGCAGUUCAAGCUAUAACACAUUACAUAUCCCUUCCUUCCUGGAUGAAAGGAACCAAUCAUGGGGAGGAAAUGCGAUUUGUUUUUGGAUUGCCGUUGCUUGCGAAUGUAUCAGUUCCUGUAAAUAGCAGUAUCCGUUAUAGUUUAGAGCCAAAACAAGUAGCUCGUGCAACCAUGGCAAUGUGGUCAAACUUUGCUAAAUCAGGGAUAAAUGGAAGAAUGAACAAUGUGGAAUUAAGGAAACGCCACCCCACAAGGCAUCUAGAGAAUUAA